GAUGCGCAAGGUUUCUCGCGGCCUCUGCGGAUGGAGAAGACCGGUAACGGCAAUGGCUUCGACGGUUGCGGCAAGUGGGGAAACGGUUUCAGGGUCACCACAAGCCAGCCAUGCGGGAACUGGAACCUCGCUUAGCAGAAAAAAGGAUGGUGGCCCUUCCUCGAAAUUUUGGGAAAGUUCGGAAACAGUCUCGCAACUGGAAUCUGUUCGUACGUGGAUUGGAAAACAUUACAAAAAGUAUGUUCAGACAGACUCUCCUUCCAGCAAGUCACUGGCUGGGCUGGUGGUCCAGCUGCUCCAGUUCCAGGAAGAUGCCUUUGGCAGAAGAGUGAACAACCCUGCCCUCACCAAGCUGCCAACCAAGUGCUUCCUGGACUUCAAAGCAGGGGGUAGUCUAUGUCAUAUCCUGGGCUCGGCAUACAAGUUCAAGACUGAACAAGGCUGGCGCAGGUUUGAUCUGCAGAACCCCUCCAGGGUGGACAGGAAUGUGGAAAUGUUCAUGACUGUGGAGAAGACCCUCAUACAGAACAACUGCCUGGUGCGGCCGCUUGUGUUCCUGGCCCCAGAAAUGGAGCAGAAACAGGCCAGCAAGCUCAAGGACAUCGUUAAGAGACACCAGGGGUCUGUCACUGAGGAGAAGGCUAAAGCCACACACCACAUCUCCCCAUCUCCCACCUCGGUGGAUGAAGAGGAGUGGCUGCGGCCGGUCAUGCGUAGGGACAAGCAGCUGCUCGUGCACUGGGGCAUGUACCCUGACAGUUACGAUACCUGGGUGUCUACCAGUGAUUUGGAGGCAGACGUGGAGGACCCACCCAACACAGAGAAACCCUGGAAGGUUCAUGCCAAGUGGGUCCUGGACACGGACGCCUUCAACGAGUGGAUGAACGAGGAGGACUACGAGGUCGAGGACAGCAAGAAGGCCGCCGGCGUCCGCAAGCGCAUAUUCCCCCGGGAGGAGGAGUCUUCCCGUACACUCGAUCGCAAGGAGCGCAAGGCGGCCACCGCGGGGAAGAAGAGGAGGCGCUCGCCCUCCCCCACCUCAGAGUCACGCAAGAAAGGGGCCAAGAAGGGGAGCGCGGGGCUGCACAGUAAACGCCGCGGGCAGCGGGAGGAGGAGGAGCCAGAGGAGGACCUCACCAAGGACAUGGAGGACCCCACCCCCGUGCCCAACAUGGAGGAGGUCACCCUGCCCAAAAACGUGAACCCUAAGAAGGACAGUGAGAACACUCCAGUGAAGGGCGGCGUGAUGGCUGACCUGGAUGAACUGGAGGAUGAAUCCAUGCUCUCUCUAGGCAAGGACGAGGAGGAGGGCAAGGUGGAGAUGAAUCGGCUGAUAGACUCGGGCGAAGACAAUGUGACGGAGCAGACCAACCACAUCAUCAUCCCCAGCUACUCCUCCUGGUUUGACUACAACUGUAUUCACCAGAUCGAAAGACGGGCUCUCCCAGAGUUCUUCAACGGAAAGAACAAGUCUAAGUCUCCGGAGAUAUACCUGGCCUACCGUAACUUCAUGAUUGACACGUACCGGCUCAACCCCCAGGAGUACCUGACCUCCACGUCCUGUCGGCGCAACCUGACCGGGGACGUGUGCGCCGUCCUGAGAGUCCACGCUUUCCUGGAGCAGUGGGGGCUGGUGAAUUACCAGGUGGAUGCAGAGAGCCGGCCCCUCCCCAUGGGCCCCCCGCCCACCCCCCACUUUAACGUGCUGGCGGACACGCCCUCUGGCCUGAUGCCCCUGCAGCACCGCCCGUCUCAGGUGUCCGCCUCCCAGCAGAUGCUCAGCUUCCCGGAGAAGGGCCGGGAGAAGCCCGUGGAGCUGCAGAACUUCGGCCUGCGCACCGACAUCUACGCCAAGAAGAACCCCAAAAGUAAAGGCGCCAGUGCAGGGCGGGAGUGGACCGAGCAGGAGACCCUGCUGCUCCUGGAGGCCCUGGAGAUGUAUAAGGAUGACUGGAAUAAGGUGUCGGAGCACGUGGGCAGCCGCACGCAGGACGAGUGCAUCCUGCACUUCCUGCGGCUUCCCAUCGAAGACCCGUACCUGGAGGACUCCGACGCCUCCCUCGGUCCCCUGGCCUACCAGCCCAUCCCCUUCAGCCAAUCGGGAAACCCCGUCAUGAGCACCGUGGCCUUCCUGGCCUCCGUGGUCGACCCCCGAGUGGCAGCUGCUGCAGCCAAGGCAGCCUUGGAGGAGUUUUCGCGGGUGCGGGAGGAGGUCCCGGUGGAGCUGCUGGAGAGUCACGUGAAGAGGGUGCAGGAGGGGGCGCGCGCUUUGUUCAGCCUGGAGAGCACCGCCCCAGAGGAGCUGGAGAAGACCGGACCGGCAGAGCCUGAGAAGAUGGAGACCAACUCGGAGUCCCAGCAGCCUGACAAGGCUGAGGACAGCGAGGAGGCUGAGAGACCCAACCAAUCGGCAGAAAGACCAGCGGAGGGAGGCCUGAAGAUAGAGCGCAUGGAGCUGGCGGAGAGAGACGAGGCGGAGAGUGAAGGAGCGAUAGAAAGUAAAACGGAGUGUGAGAAGGUGGAGGCCGUGGAGUCGGACCAGGGCCCUAAGGAGGCGGAUGGGGAGGAGGGCAGGAGGAGGCUGGAUUCGGGGCUGGGGGAGGGGAAUGUCGCCACGGCUGCUGCGGCCGCCCUGGCGUCUGCCGCCACCAAGGCCAAGCAUCUGGCAGCGGUGGAGGAGAGGAAGAUCAAAUCUCUGGUGGCCCUGCUGGUGGAGACGCAGAUGAAGAAGCUGGAGAUCAAGCUCAGGCACUUUGAGGAGCUGGAGACCAUCAUGGACCGGGAGAAGGAAGCGCUGGAGCAGCAGAGGCAGCAGUUGCUGUCUGAGAGGCAGGCCUUCCACAUGGAGCAGGUGAAGUACGCGGAGAUGAAGGCCCGUCAGCAGAUAGAGCAGCAGCAGUCUGCCACCGCCGCCCAGAACCCCGGCGGACUCCACGUACCCCUGCAGGGCUACCCCAGCAUGCACCACUCACUGGGCCCCCACCAUGCUCCACAGACCGGGUCCAUGGGGGGCCCCGGCCAAGACAUGUCAGGGCGCAUGAUGCCUGCUGCUCCCCCCAGUGGCCCUCAUCAGCCUCCAAUGAUGGGGUCCCGGCUCCCCGGGGCCACUAACGGCAUGUACCCGACUCCGCCCCCCGCACAGCCUGAUGGGACAGCAGCUGCUCCAAUCCAUGCAGGAGCUGAGAGCUAAAACUGAAGCCUUGCUAAACAAAAAAAAUCUGUACACAACUCUGUGAUACCUGCAGUUACAUGCGCGCGCACACACACACACACACACACACACACACACACACACACACACAUGCAUUCCAUGACAAACUAUAACAAACCAUGACAAGGAUUUUCAGUUUUCUCAUAGCAGAUAAAAGCUAAAAGCAUCUCUUCUGGUAGGCAGCUUUGAGGGUGCUUAUGCCGGCCAGCACCUGUUAGUUUUAGUUUUGGACACUGCUGCUUUUCUCUCAUUCUGUCUUUUGGAGGGCUCCAGAGAGGCCAGCUGUGGCAACAGACAGGCAGGCUGGCAGUUGGAGGAGUCCUCUCGUGUGUGACUGGUUGAUGUCUGCAUUUUAUUGUUGUUCAGUCAGGACUAAGUAAGUAGUGGGCACAGAGGCUUCUGCUGGACCUCUAUGAGUUUGGGGGCAGCUCUUCCUUCACCACUGCCGUCAGACCUGCGUGGGGCCAGAGCUGAAGCUUUCUCUUAGAACUGCCCAUUUCCAUCCCUCUGCCUCGCCUAGCGCUGUGGUUACUGUGUGCUGUCUGUUUCACUUACCGCGACCAUCGAUGUUUGCUCUGUCCACCUUCAGCUGCCGUCUGCAUCCGUCCACGCUGGCCAGGGGAGGGGCGGUGAGCACGGUGCAGGUUGCACAGUUACUGAGUUACAGUUACAGAGUUACAGAGUAACAGAUACAGAGUUACAGGGGGGUUCUUCUGCAGGGUAACACAGCCAGACAGCUUACCCGCCAGACUGAUGGCUCUGCCCACAUCGCUGUACCCCAUCAUCAUCAUCACUGCACACUCACCCCUGACCUCAGCCUUCUCCAUUUUGUGCUCCGCACCUGUCUGCACAGACAUGUCUGCUUCGUUAAUCAUGCUCUGGACACCUGUCUCUUUCUGCCCCGCAUAUAUUUUAGCUCUUCUCUUUUUGAAUUUGGCCUUUCAUAUCUGCAUUUAUAUUUUUCACAUUUUGAACACUGCUGGGAUGUGCUUCUCGAGUUUCAUAAUGUCCAAUGCAACCAGUCUGUCAGGUUUUUUAUUGUCCAGAAUGGGGAAAGUACUUUGUCUUCCUGUUCCCCUUGAAGUCGUUUUGGUGUUCAUAUACACUGCUGUAUGAAAGACUUGGAAGUGUUUGUCUCCUCUAAUAAAAUAGUAAUCCAUUUCUAUUUCAGAAAUACAUUUCUUUUUGGAUUUGCUGCUACAAUUCAAGUAUUCAUAUAUGUUACAAAUGAAAAAACUUUGUGUUAAUGGUAAAUGCAUCUGCAUGAAAAGUGAUUUAUUUAAAUCAUCAAGUCUAUACUGUAGUAAUAGAGUAUACCUAGUGACUACCCUAUGCUUUAAAGCAGGACAGCUUUUAGGGGGGCUAAAAUAGUUUUAUAAUCAAACCUUUCAGAAUUGUCAUUGGACAUUAUCAAGAUCAUGUUUCAGGGACCAUGUUGUCUGUCCAAAUACAGUCACAUACAGCUGAAAUGAUGCAGUUUGGGUUUCUUUUUGUACUGAUGAAUGCAGAAUGUGUGAGAUGUGUGCGGAGCAGUGUGUAGUCUUUCUGUCACAGUGUGACCCUCAGCACAGACUCAUCGUGUUCGGCCUCAGGUGUCAGUGCUGCCUCUGUCCACCUGGCUGCAGGACUUGCGUGGACCUGUGUGGACUGUCUGUUGCUCUUUCCGUGGAUCAACUUUCCCUUUUAAUUCCAACCUCUCCGCUCAUCUCCCCUCCCAGUCCUCCAGGUCAUUCAAUUCUAUAAUGGCAGAAACCAGAAGAGCAUUGCCCUUUGCUUGUUGUUAUUGCUUUAUUGUUAUUGUGCUGUUUUCUGUAAUAUUGAUUUCUGCGUAGACUCCCUCUGUUCUUGAAUGGUUGUACCUUUUUCUAUUGUUGAAUUCAUACCAUCACAGUUGAAUAAAUAAAGGUUUUUUGUAUGGUA